UGUGAAAGAUCCUGAGCAGAGGGAGUGGCUUUAAAGUCAGCUGUGGGCCUGUGCUUGGUGUCUGUAUUCAGGUUCAGUCGCCCGUAACACUCAGAAAGGACUUCAACUGAGCAUAAAGCUGCAGCAGAAUCAGUGCAUGUUAGUCUCCGCCUCUUCUGCCACACAGCAUGGCGUUCGUUAUUGAUGCACAACCUGUCUACAUUGAAAAAGCUCCGCCUCCUGUAGUCUACCAGGCUGCACCUCCACCUGUCAUCAUUGAACAAGCUCCACCCCCUGUAGUCUACCAGGCUGCACCUCCACCUGUCAUCAUUGAACAAGCUCCGCCUCCUGUCGUUGUCCAGGCUCCUGUGGUUAUUACUUCUCCUAUGAGAUCUUCUCCCACACAAACGAGGUGUCGUUUAUGCCAGCAGCAGGUUGUUACAAUGACUGAACCCAUCAAUGGACUCCUCACCUGGAUCAUUUUUGCAGUACUCCUUGUCUUUUGCAUCUGGCCCUUCUGCUUGAUUCCUUUUUGCGUGUCGUCCUGCAGGGACAUCAAACACACCUGCCCCAGCUGCAACAAUGUCAUCUAUGUCUACAAACGGAUGUGAGAUGUUUCACAAAGUAAAACCUGGAGAACAUCAUUAAUCCAAUAAAAGGCUGUCAUUUACAAAAUAAUAAUAAAAAAAAUGGAAUCCGGUUAGUGAAUGAAUUAGAAAUAAUAUCCUAAUAAUCUCUGCACUCAACAUGUUCUCACAUGAAAAAACUUUCAAUAAAAAAAACUUUCACUUUUCAGAAAAUACAUAUAACAAUGAUCAUAUUAUUUUAGGAAAAUGAUGGACUUUAAUUUUAUUUUAAAUUUGGCUUGAAUUAUUGUAUUACAUACCUACUACAUA